GGAAGUGCGAUGUUAUGCCUUCACUUCAAUGGCGUUUAGUAUAAACCUAAGUCCCCGGAAUACAAGCCAACUGGAAUUUCUUAAAUCUACUUUAUCGGUUGAGAAUCUUGAAAGAGUGGGAGUUCAGAGAUCGAAUCCCACAAAAGUGAAAAGGAACAACCUGGGUUGACAGGUGUGGGGAAGGCUUCAGAGCCUCACCCCAAAUGAACAGGGGAAUGCCCAAGAUGAAUCUGGCCCAGUGGGAGUCCGUUAUGUGGAGAAAGUGGAGCCAUGUCUUCUGGCUGACCAAAUUUGGGUUAUUGGGCUGGGUGAAUUUUCUGUGCGUCUUCCACCCAGAAGGAGCGGGCGCUCUGCUUCAUAGGACAAGAGCGGUCUUGCUUUUCUCUCCGGAGCAGAGCACCGCUGAAAGGAGUGAUUUUGGGGGUGGCUUUGAGUGUGAAGAUGAAUCAACUGAAGUUGAGGAUCCCUGGUGUCUGUGAUGCAUGCCGUUUGGUGAAACGCAGGCCUGGUGGUGAGCACGAGACUGAGGAGACCCUGUCUAUCCUUUUGAGUUUUGAUAUUGACUGUUUGCCUGAUAAAGUCAUGCUAGGAUAUAUGAGCUAUCCCGUGAUAGCGUUUGUUCCGAAGCCACUUUGAUGUUUCAGGUGCCAAGGUUUUGGUCAGAGACAAAGGAGUGUGUAGUUUGAAGAAAAAGUAGUGAGUUUCAAUUGUGGGGGAGCCAAUGUUAGCAAAGUUGGUUUCUUGGCGAAGUAGUGGAAUAAGGGGCGUGUUUUGAUGUUAUAGUUGCAGGGUUAUGGGUGGUGCAAUUUAUAUUUCCCGUUCCCUUUUUUUGUUUUGUCACAAUGUGUAAUGCAUACUCCGGGCUGAGAAGGGCAGCAAUACGCCAAAAAGCAUCUAGUCUGUCGGAAAUUCACACAAAAGGAGAAGUGUCCACGUAGUACGCACGACGUGUUGUGCGUGGAAUAUUACCAGGCAGCUUAAUGCAUUUGGGAACAAACGUUCAUCUUUAAAGCACCUCUGAUGCUAUAAUUAACAAUUCGUUGGUUGUAUGAGAGUUUGAAAGUGAAGUUUCUUUUUUUUUUUAACAAGAAAUCAAGAACACGUUCACUUGUUCUAAAAGAUGGCUUCGUCUGAUGGAAACAAAAACACGGAACCAUGGGGCGGUUUUGAUGACAACAUUAUCCAGGGCACUGGGUCAGCAGUGAUUGACAUGGAGAACAUGGAUGACACAUCGGGCUCCAGCUUUGAGGACAUGGGGGAGAUGCACCAGCGCAUGAAGGAGGAGGAAGAAGUGGCAGAGGAGGAGGAAGCAACUGAAGAGGAGACUGGAGAGGAUGGCGAGUUUCUGGGCAUGAAGGGUAUCAAGGGCCAGCUGGGGAGACAGGUGGCAGAUGAGGUGUGGCAAGCUGGAAAGCGUCAGGCUUCCAAAGCUUUCAACCUAUAUGCCAACAUAGAUAUUCUCCGGCCGUACUUUGAUGUAGAGCCUAUGCAAGUCAGGAACAGGUUGAUUGAAUCAAUGAUACCCAUCCGCAUGAUACAUUUUCCACAGAAGAUUGCUGGGGAGCUGUAUGGGCCCAUGAUGCUGGUGUUCACACUGGUGGCCAUCCUCCUGCAUGGAAUGAAGACAUCAGGAACAGUUAUUAGAGAGGGUACUCUGAUGGGCACAGCCAUAGGGACAUGCUUUGGUUACUGGCUGGGAGUUUCCUCCUUCAUAUACUUCCUGGCAUAUCUGUGCAAUGCCCAGAUCACCAUGCUCCAGACCCUGUCUCUGCUGGGUUAUGGUCUUUUCGGACACUGCGUGGUUCUCUUUGUCACCUACAACGUCCACUUCCACUCCCUGUUCUACAUCCUGUGGCUGGUCGUAGGAGGGCUCUCCACACUGCGGAUGGUAAAUAAGCAGGUGGCUGCUCUCAUCUCUCGGACCGUGGGACCGACCCCGCGACUCGUCCUCUGUGGAACACUGGGUGCUCUGCAUAUGCUCUUUCUGCUCUACCUGCACUUCGCUUAUCACAAGAUUGUUGAAGGUAUCCUGGACACAUUGGAAGGCCCCAACAUGCCCCCCAUCCAGAGAGUGGCUAGAGAUUUGCCUGUGGUGGCCACCGCUGCUAUGAAUGCUGUGAAUGCCACAGUGAAGACCUUUGGUGUUAUCCUGCAGUCACAGUGAUGGUGUGUCCAACAUCAAAGACGAUACCACAGGCUCAUGAGCCUGAAUUCCACAGUGGUGGUGUUGUGUAGGUAAUACAGACUGAAGUGAAGGACAAAGACCAUUAUGGUGGCUGGUUAUAGUUGACAUUUGACCUUCAUCAUUAAACAUGAACAUUGUCUCAGUAAACACAUCGCCAUCGGUUCACAACAACUCUUACAACUUUCAUUCUCCAUGGGAAAUGACAUGCUUACCCUAGUUGUUUAUAUUGUAUCUAAUCAAAAGAACUAAAUGAUGGAGUGAGGUGUUAUGCUGGUGCUGUAACUCUUUUCAAAUGACAGCAAAUUGCCUUUUCAUAGGGGUCUUGUAUUUGUUAAAGCAGCAUGAGUGCACUAAGAUUCCCAGCUGUUUGCAUUUGUACUCACGUUAAGACUAAUUCAUCUCCAACUCGACACUUUCUCACCUCUUGUAGGCUUUGUUACACGGGUUACGGCGAUAACAUCAAUGGAUGUUUUAACAUGCUAGACGUUCAAUGGGAGGAAGGUUCUAUAGGAAUGUGUGGUGCCUUCUAUUGUUUUUCGAAGGAAUUAUUAUUAUCAUGUAUGAUAUGGGGUAAAUUAGAGUUUAAUAUCUUGUUUUACACAAUGCACAUCCAUUGUCUGUCAUUUUAAUAACCUAACCAGAAAAAAAUAACGUAAAAUGCAGUUGACAUGUCAUAUGAGAUAUGUAAUAGUGCGUUAUCUUAUGAAUAUUGUUCCUUCUAAGCAGCUUUUGUUUUGUGCAUUAUUUGUACUUCCUAACAACAUUGUUUUUGGGUGGGAUGCAAGGUGACCUCUUUUUUAAAAAUUUUACAUGUGAAAAUGUAUUUAUAGGGUUAUUGUACAGAAAGAUACAAUGGAAAUAAACUUUAUCGACCUAA